UUUGGCUUAACAAUUAUCGAACUUCGCGCGGCAUCAGUCUAAUAGUCUAUAAGUCUAUAGACUUCUUUGAUUUGUUAUGAUUUACUAGUGUUAAACUUUAUGUGUCACAUUACUUACAUUUAUAUUCUGUUUCUAGAUUAUUAGUUAUUACUAACUGUUGAGUGUUUUAACGACACUUCAAAAUGAAUGCUCCUCCAACAUUCGAAUCGUUUUUACUGUACGACGGAGAAAAAAAAAUAGUCAAAGAAGUAGAUACUAAAGUGACAAAUGCAGCAAUUUUUACAGUCAAUAAAGAAGAUCAUACUUUGGGAAACAUGAUCAGGAACCAAUUACUUAAAGAUCCCAAUGUACUUUUUGCUGGUUAUAAACAACCUCAUCCACUGGAACAUAAAUUUGAACUUCGCAUACAAACAACAUCUGAUUAUACACCUCAAGAUGCACUAACUAAUUCUAUAACUGAUCUCUUGGCUGAACUUUCUUUGUUUGAAGAACGUUUCAAGGAAGCUCUAAGAGAGAAAAAAGAAGGACUUGAUUAAUAUGAUUGCAUGAUUUAAUGAAGUAAUAAUAAGUAAUAUUUUUAUGUGUUUUUAAGGUAAUAUUGUAUGUUUUAUGUUGUAAUUCAUGAAUAUUAAUUAAUUUAAACUAAUAAGUGAAUCAUAAAUUGCUUUGUAAAAUUAAAUAUAUCACUUUUGGUUGUA